UGCUCAACGGCAUGAUUUGAUUGCUGCAAUUAGGACUCUUCUCGUAUUUAAAAGUUCUGUCCACGCACGGUGAAAUCUGGUCACGUUUUAACAGCUAGAUCACGAGUUAUUCGUGAAGAGAUCAUAACACCCUCCUCCCAGCCCAUAUUUUUUUUUGGACCCAAUCGAGUCGACGAAAGAAUCAGUUUCAUCUGCAAUAUGGUUCUAAAAUCGCCUUUUCCCAAUCUCGAUGCUCCCAGCAUCGAUAUAUGGAACUUCGUCUUCAAAAAUCCGCUUCUCAGCCCCCAAAAUCGAGUCCCGGAUGACAGAGUCGUCCUGCUCGACCCGAUAGGCAAGCGGGAACUCACGUUCGGGCAAGUUCGAGACCUAAGCCGAACUUUCGCCUACAACUUACAGACGAAGCUGUACUUGCGUAAAGGCGAAUGUCUCGGCGUCUUCUCCCCCAACUGCCUAGAAUACGUUGUCUCCGUCCUUGGCGGGCCCGCGAUGGGCGCAUACAUCUCACCUGCCAGUGUGGCUUUCAGCGUCGACGAAUUGGUCUAUCAGCUGAAGAACAGCGGCGCCAAAUGCCUCGUGACCCACGCAAAAGUGCUGGACACUGCCCUCAAAGCUGCCAAGGCAUGCAACCUGCCUACGAAAAACCUGAUUGUGAUUCAAGACCCGUCGACUUCUUCUCCCCGGCAGCAUGGCUGUACGGAAUUCGCAUCUUUGCUGACCACGACGGCCGGCGCCCAACUCGUUCAGCCGAAGUUCAACGUGAAGGCGGAUUUGCUGGUGCUUCCCUACUCCAGCGGCACGACGGGGCGGCCCAAAGGCGUGAGGCUCAGUCACCACAACGUGGUGUCGAAUCUCGUCUCGCUGGUCGGCUCGCAAAACAAGGGAGAGGUCGACGUUCCUCCGAGCGACGAGCGGAUGGUCGCCGUCCUUCCGUUUUCGCACAUAUACGGGCUGUCGGCGCUCGUCUACGCGGCCGUCCUGACCGGGAAGAUGAUCGUCGUCCUUGCCCAGUUCGACCUCGUCGCCUACCUCGAGCUCGUGCAAAGGUACAGGUGCAACAUCGGCUACGUGGUGCCGCCCAUCCUGACCGCUUUCGCCAAGCAUCCCAUCAUCGACAAGUACGACGUUUCCAGCCUGCGCGAAGUCGGUCUCAUGUGCGCCGCCGCUCCGUUGUCCGCUCAGCUGAUCGACGCCGUCUACAAAAGGCUGCGCAUCCCCGUCUUCCAGGCCUUCGGCAUGACCGAAGCUUCCCCACUCACUCACUUUCUGCCCCCGGAGAAGUGGCAGGAGGGCAAGGGCGGCGUCGGUCACGUCGCUCCUAAUGUCGAGUCUCGGAUCGUCGAUGAGCACGGCAAUGACGUUGCUCCGGGCGAGGUGGGCGAGAUCUGGGUGCGGGGUCCAAACAUCUUCCUUGGAUAUCACAACAACCCGGAAGCGACUGCGGACUGCAUGACCUCCGAUGGCUUCUACAAAACUGGUGAUAUUGGAAGGGUGGAGCCCUCGACGGGUAUAUUCUACAUCACGGACCGUCUGAAGGAGCUCAUAAAGUACAAGGGAUACCAAGUGCCUCCUGCCGAACUUGAAGGCGUUCUAUCGGGCAAUCCCAAGGUCGCAGAUGUCGCGGUUGUUGGCGUUUGGGACGAAUCCGAGCACACCGAGGUUCCACGGGCCUUCAUUGUAUUGCAGGGCGGAAACACACCUAGUAAAGAUCUGGAAUCGGAAAUCUGCAAUUGGCUUGAGAAACGGGUUGCCCACUACAAACGCCUCAGAGGUGGCAUCAAAUUCGUCACUGAGAUCCCCAAGAAUUCAAGUGGCAAAAUCAUGAGGAGGGUCUUAAGGCAGCAGAUCGCUGCCGAAGCACCAGAAAUCAAAGCAAAAAUGUGAAUGUCCGUUUUGAGCAUCGGGGAUUGCAGGUCUGGAUCGCAUCUGAAACACUUACGAGAAAUAAAUUGUGGGUAAGCUAAAGAAUUACAGUGGAAGAUGAAUUUGAUAGGAGCAUAUCCAAAAGUUUCGUGACCAUAAUUAUUAAUACCUACUGAUUGUAAAUACUAUCUUCUGUAACCGCAUCC